CUUUCCGGUAGUCUGAGAAGUCACAAGUUUUGGCAGAAGAAGACUGUAAGAAUAUAACUUUUUCGUCUUUGUUAGGCUGUUAUAAUGUCUUCUGAAAAAUUCGAAGACCUUGAGGAUGAACUUAAAAAUCUCCAUGAAGACAUACGUUCGAAAAUAAGCAACAAAAUUCCAAGACUGACCGGAGAAUCGCGGAAGAGCGCUAUUCGGGAAGUUGAAAAGAACAUCGAAGAUGCAAACUUAAUUUUGGAAGAAAUGGAAGAGGAAGCUGGAGUAGCCCCAGCCAGUUACAGAAAUUCCAUGAUGUCCAGGAUACGCAGCUAUAGGAGAGAUUUUGAUAAACUUAAAAGAGAUGUGGGCAAACCCAAAGGACAGGGCAAUGUGACUUUUGCAAGAGAGGAACUGUUAGAUGAGGACCCAAUGGCUCCUCAGAAAAGCAAAGUGAGACAAGGAACAGAUAUGCUGAACAGAGCCUCAGAAAGUAUUGCGAGAUCAACAAGGGUUGCUGUGGAGACUGAACAAAUUGGUGGUGAAAUUAUUGACGAACUUGGAGAUCAGCGGGAAUCUCUUUUUAGGACAAGAGACAGGCUCAAGGAUGUUGAUCAGGACUUAGGAAAAAGCAGAAGAAUUUUGAAUAGUAUGGCAAUCAGAAUUGCUACAAACAAGUUGAUCCUGUUAUGUAUCAUUAUUGUUGAAUUGGCCAUUCUUGGAGCUGUGGUGUACAUAAGAUUUUUUAAGAAAAAGAAAAAUUAAUAUUUCAUUAAUAUUUACACACUGUGCCUCACAUUCAUUUUACAAACUAAUGGUCAAUUAUUUUUCCAGUCCUAAAAAUGUAUAUAUUAAAACACAAAAUUUUCAUCAUUGCUAAAAAAAUCACAACAUUGUUAUAUAACUAGUAGAAGUUAUGAU